GAAGCCAGUGUAGAAAAAUGAAGGUCUGCAACAUUUAUGCCCCAUUUGGGAAGUGUUACAUCAUGUCCAGGAGAUCCAUCAGAAGCAACAUAGACUCUUCUUGAUGUCUUCAAAUCCAUUCCUGCCCUUGCGGUACUGCCUGCCUGAUACAACUCUUACAGUGCUCAGUAUUUGCAGUUCUAAAGCACUUACAUGAAGCAGCAGUCAGUGAAGGUAAGCGACGCAUGUGCUGGCUCCUGAGAAGAGGGAGGAGCGAGGACCAGAAACCUGCUUAUCGCCCCACAGAGAAUUAGUCUGUCGUCACAUCCUUCAGCAGUAUAGGAGGCAGCAGAGACCGGCGGCCUCCGACCUGACGAUGUGCCAUUCAAAGGGGGCCCUGCUCGCUCUGGACGUACACCUGAAGAGAUGGUGAGAUGCCGGAAACCUGUAACCGACCCUCCUCCUUCCCGUUACAACCUACGCAAAGUGAAACUUCAUGUUCGCAGAACGCGGGCAGCCAGCACCAGCAGCUGGGGCAGAGAGGAACAGACAGAUCCAUCAGAACCAGCAAAACUCGACACUAGCACUCCCCAGAGACGAGCGCGCUUCAGGUUGCAGUUUCCACAGCUGGCACUCAGACGGAAGUUGGGGCAGUUGACCUGCAUGUCUAGGUCCGCCCUGAAACUGCGGUCCUGGCCUCUGACAAUCCUUUAUUACCUCCUGCCUUUUGCUGCCCUUAAGCCAUUGGUCAGAGUGGGAUGGCGCCCUACCAGCAGGGUUGCUCUGUACAAGUCUGUGCCAACACGGCUGCUCUCACGGGCAUGGGGCCGUCUCAAUCAGGUGGAGCUUCCAACAUGGCUGAGAAAGCCGGUGUACAGUCUCUACAUCUGGACCUUUGGGGUGAAUAUGAAGGAGGCAGCGGUGGAAGACCUGCACCAUUACCGUAACCUCAGCGAAUUCUUCCGACGGAAACUGAAGCCUCACACGCGGCCUGUGUGCGAUUCCCAUAGUGUGAUCAGCCCGUCUGAUGGAAAGAUACUGCACUUCGGUAAAGUAAAAAACUGUGAGGUGGAGCAAGUGAAAGGCGUCACCUACUCUCUCGAGUCCUUCCUGGGGCCACAGAACUGGACUGUAAACAUGCCCGUGAGCAAGACUUCAUUCCAGGAUAAGCUGGUCACGCAGGAAGGGAACGAACUGUAUCACUGUGUCAUUUAUUUGGCUCCGGGCGAUUAUCACUGUUUUCACUCCCCUACGGACUGGAACGUGCAUCACCGCAGACAUUUCCCAGGAUCCCUCAUGUCUGUGAACCCAGGAGUUGCACGAUGGAUUAAAGAACUUUUCUGUUAUAACGAGAGAGUAGUUUUGACGGGGAGCUGGAAGCACGGAUUUUUCUCUCUAACGGCAGUGGGCGCUACUAAUGUAGGCUCCAUCCGCAUAUAUUUUGAUAGGGAUUUGCAGACCAACUCUCCACGCUAUAGCAAAGGUUCCCACAACGAUUUUAGCUACGUAACGAACAAUAACCAGGAAGGCAUUGUUAUGCGGAAAGGAGAGCAACUAGGAGAAUUCAACCUGGGUUCCACAAUUGUUCUAAUAUUUGAGGCACCAAAAGAUUUUACCUUCAACCUAAAGCCUGGACAAAAAAUACAUUUUGGGGAGGCAGUUGGCUCCCUAUAGGAAGUAUCAAUUUUACAUCUACUCGGACCAACGCCGGCCCAGCCAAUGUGAAUUUUCCCAGAGGCUCACGUGAGCAGCGUUGCACAGGUUAAAGCCAUGGCCACCACUCUGCAGGGAAGUCGUGCAGAUUCAGGUCAUCAGCUAUGAUCACUGCCUCUCACACCAGCCGCCCUCCUCCAUUCAGCACUUGUUUGGGUUUUAUACCUUGCCC